AUGGAUUUAGAAACAGAGAUUCCAAUUUGGUACGAUGGUCGAAUGAAAUGGAUAUCAAAUCUGACAAGUCGGUCAACAUGUGACGAUAUUAUAGACGCCAUUUUUCACGAAUCCUCUUCACGUACCCAUCAAAAUCAUUCAUAUGUUCUAUACGAAUGUUGGCGUGGUGUUGAACGUCCUUUAGAUGGUAAAUGUCGUCUACUGAAAUUGUGGCAAACGUGGGCUGAAGAGUGUUCGAAUGUUACUCUCUCUGUUCGUCACAGACCACCAACAAUGGAUGGAAUUGUUAAAACGAGUACACCGACAACGAAUCGAAGUCCAGUUAGAAUGGCGACUAACGAUCAAAUAAACGAUACGUUGAAUCGGUCUACUUUAGAAAGACGUUCGAAACGAAAUCGUGAUAUCGAACGAACCGAACGAGUCAAUCGUUAUGUGAAUAUUGUACUAUACCAAGACAAAAAAUUAGAAAAACUAAAGAGAGAUAUCAGAAAAACUGAUGGGAACUUGAAAAAAUUAAAAGCGUUAGAAACAAUCGACACAUCGCAACAAAAUGAACAGAAUUUAAUUCUUCAUCGUAAUUCUUCAAGUGACGAUUCAGAUAUAUCUCUGUCUGACAUUUCGAAUAUUUUUUCUGAUCUCUCAAGUGAUUCGGUUAAUGAGUACACUCAGUUAUGUCGUAAUAUUCUUCAUUUACACCACGAAUUAGAACUUCAAAAUCAGCUAAUACUACGACUAUCGAGUGAAAUUGAACAUGAACUACAAACAUCAUCGAUACCUGAUCAACCUCCAUCACGUUCAAUUCAAUUUUCUGAUAUUUCAACGCUAAUUAAAAAUGUCAGCGAAAGCCUGGAAAAGAGUCGGGCACUCUAUGAACAGUCAGAACAGUUUGACAAACAAAUUCAGACAUUAUCUGCCGAUAUUAAACAGAAAACAAAACAAGCUGAAGAGUUAGAACAAGAAUACGAUUUGAUGGAUAUUGAAGUUGACAACCAGGACAGCGAAAGUGAAGAACAAGAUGAAGAAGUGAUGGAUAUAACUCCGCGAAACGAUAUUACUGAACCGGAUAGUCUAGAAGAAAUGGAUAAACAACCAGUGAAAGCAAACAAAGUUGAACAUCAUCGAAAAUUAAAACGUAAAAUUCAACAAACAACAAAGACAAAAACCAUAGAUAGUCUCAAUUAUUUGAAUCAACAUUUGAAUAAUUUAGCUGCUGCUCAACAAAAGAACAAAAGGGAAAAUAGUAGAGUAAAAAAUGUUGGAGUAAUGAAAAGUGAAACAACUGACCAAUGGACAACAACAAUCAACGAUAAUACUCAAGAGCGUGUUAGUACAUUAAAUGAUGUAGAACACGAAGAAAUUCCUCUACCAAAACACGAACAAGAACAGAAAUAUACCAAUGAAAAUAUGCUGGUAGCUGAACAAGGUGUACGACCAAUUUUAUCAACUCAAAACCCUUCAGUCCAUCGUCCAACAGCGAUUGUUGAACCAUCUUUGUCUUCAGUAUUAAUUCAACAACCAACAACCAAUGCUCGUUCCUCAUCAUUUAUCAACAGUGUUCUCAACAUUUUCUCUGAUAAUAAUGGGCGUUCUUCAUUACGAUUAAAAAGUUCAAAUAAACGUUUAGCGUCGUCGAAUAUAAAACUGUCGCAUAACGACAAUACACCUUCGUCGGUACUUGGAACGCGUCAAUCAUCGUCAUCUUCUCAAAGUAUUUAUCAAAACGUGAUUCAACAACAGGAUGAAAAACGUACUUCAAAGAAAUCUUAUCAACAUCCACCGCCCACCUAUCGAUUUUUCGUUGCUACCGAUUACGGUACGUCGAAUAUUAAACGAACAGGUGCGGCUACUCAAACACAAACAUCUAAUACAAAAACUAGUAUAAAUUCUAACAUUCAAAUUAUACCAUUUCCAGUACGUAAUCUGAAUAUGUUACCUACACGCUGUUCGAGCACAAUGCCCUGGACACAACAAGCAACGGCUUUAAACUCGUAUUCCGUUCGUACAUCAGCCCUAGUCACUUUACCAUCAUCAAUAAAACCACAAAAAAUGACUCAUGAGAUGCCCACACGGAUAGAAGCCGAUGAAAGUGAUACUGGUAUCAGUUCGUUGAAUAGCGAUGAAAAUCAGGGAAAUCAACAACUAGUUACACUUGUUUAA